AUGGUCAUGAGGCAGGUCGCUGAAAGAGACUCUCUUUCAGCCUCGGAGGCUGUGGUAGGAUUGCAGCGACAGAGUGUCACAGUGCCACGAGAGCAGGUGCAGCAGAGGCAGACCAUGCUAGCACAGCAAAUGAAACAGCAGCAAUUCGAGCAGCAGGGGAUGCAACAGGGGCAGAUGCCGCAGGGGCUGCCACAGCCGAUGCAACAGCAACAGAUGCCACAGCAGUUUCCAUCCCCACAGCCCUACACAACACUUCAAGUUCCAGAGCUAGUACAGCCACUGGCACAUAUUCAACCAGCACUAGAACAAGGGGAGGCUGCUGUUGGUGCAAGGCCAUUAGCAUCUGGAGCCAGGGGCAGGACACUAACGCGCAACCGAAACUACAACCAGCAAGGAAAGUAUCGGGGAGUGAGGAAGCGUGGGGCGUCAAGCUACAUCGCAGAGAUUAAAGAUACCACUCAUGGGGUCCGCAGGUGGCUGGGCACGUAUUCAGCUGCAGAGGAGGCUGCUCGGGCGUUUGAUGAAGCUGCUUUCAACAUCAGAGGAUCCAAGGCAAAGCUUAACUUUCCAGUAGAAUUUAUCGAGGAAGACAGAGGAAGUAUGGAUAGCAAUCUUGCAGAGCUCGAGGCGGCCACCGCGGCGGCUAAGAUGGAAACAGCAGGAAGGGAGGCUGGUGGUGAGAGUAGUGGCCUGGGGAUGCUCAGGGAUCAGGCAUCUCUAGGAGGGGCUGGAGAGGGCAGUUCUCGUCGCGCUGGAGGGAAAGGGAAAGAAGCAGCACGUGAUGAAGAUGCUGCAGAAGGGAGAUGGGUGGUAGUGGAGGAGGAGGAGGAGGAGGAGGAGGAGGAGGAGGAGGUGGUGGUGGUGGAGGAGGAGGAGGAGGUGGUGGUGGUGGUGGAGGAGGAGGAGGAGGAGGAGGAGGAGGAGGAGGAGGAGGAGGAGGAGGAGGAGGAGGAGGAGGAGGAAGAAGAAGAAAAAGAGGAAGAGGGAGAGCAGGAGGAGGAGCUGAAGCAAGACAGCUCAAGCAGAGCCGCCCCUUUCUCCUCUGCCCCAUCCACCUCCUCUUCCACCUCGUCCUCGCUCCUACACUCUACCCUUCCUGCUACGUCUGCUCCUUCAACAUCUGCCCUUUUCUUUCACUCCACUCAUCCUUCUACCUCUUCCGCUUCCGCCUCUGCCUCUUUCCUACACCCCACCCUUCCUGUCAACUCGGCCCCUUUCACAUCUGCCUCUUCCCUACACUCCACCCUUCCUGCUAUCCAGCAGCGGGAGUCGUCGUGUGCUGGAGUUGGUGGGAGUGGGCUUCCGGGCUUUUAUGUGCCAGGAGAAGAUUCAGGCAGGUUUGAAGGGUUGGGAUUCGACGGUGUGACAGCAUGUGAAGGGGGGCAGUCCUAUGCGUUUGCUGAUUGGUUUCCUCACCAGCUCGUGGGGGUUGAAGAAGGCAAUGCAAUUGAUGGAAGUGGGUUCAGUGCGGUGAAAGGCAAGAAGGGAGCGGAAGAAUGGGAGAUGUGUGCAGAGGAAAACAUUGGUGGAAGCAGAGGGAUCACCGGCAAGAAAGGGAUGAUGGAGGAGGAAAGUGUAAUGCAGAUGUGGAAUCGACCCAGUAUACGGGGGCCUCCAGGAAUAGAUGAGCAUUUUGAUGGCCUUGCUUCUCGUGAUGAAUGGGUGGCAAGUGAGCACUACUAUCAGCUGCCUCACCUGGCGUAUUGCAGCCACUUCUCCCGGCAGCAUCAGGCGAAUGCUCGCCUCCAGCGCCUCUGGCAGCUGGUGGCGAGGGGAGGGAGGAGGGGGGCGAGCGGGCAGGAGAUACGUGUGGUGCUAGGUGCGGCAGCGGAUCCGUCCAGUUUUUUGGGUGUGGAGCAGACUGGAACUCCUGUAGGACUCUCGGCACUGGCAGCAGGGCAGCAGGCGAUGGCAGCAGGGCAGCAGGCGAUGGCAGCAGGGCAUCAAGCAAUCGCAGCAGGGCAGCACGCAGUGACAGCAGGGCAGCACGCAGUGACAGGGGAACAAGCGGUGGCGGCAGGGCAACAUGCAGUGACAGGAGAAGUUGCAGGCUCUAGGGGGUUCAUUAUUAUGGUGCCUGAGGAAGUGGAGAUGCCUGGUGGGGACGCAUCCCUGCUAGAAGCAGAGGAGGCAGUUGAGGCCGUGGUGGUGGUGGAGGCGGUGCAGGUACCCAACAUGGCAGGUUCAGCUUCAAGCAUGCUUCCUAGCUGGCAUGUUGAAACGAUGCGGUAUCCGGCUGUCAUGAUGCCCCCAUUAAUGCCGCUUGGCAGACAUGGUCAUGUCAUGCGGUUUGCUUCUACCAUGUCCCUUGGGUCUUCUGAUGUUUUGAGUCCAUACGUGCACCAGCUUCACCCGACUCAAGUGCAGCAGCAACAGCAGCAGCAACAGCAGCAGCAGCAGCAGCAGCAGCAGCAGCAGCAGCAGCAGCACCUCACGCCAAGCUUCCAGCGAUGCAACUCUCUCGAUCUGGCGUCUCGCAGGAGGGGCAAGGCGGCUGCACGGUGUGCUUCUGCAGGCCUCGUUCAGAAACGUUCAGACGAUCUCGGUCGCAUGAUCAGGGACGAAUUGGAGCGGGACAGCUGGACACAGAUGGCGCAGCCACAGCAGCAGCAGCAGCAGCAGCAGCAGCAGCAGCAGCAGCAGCAGCAGCAGCAGCAGCAGCAGCAGCAGCAGCAGCAGCAGCAGCAGCAGCAGCAGCAGCAGCAGCAGCAGCAGCAGUCAGAGUUACAGCAGCAGUUGCAUACUGCCAGAUUUCCUCGAUCCAGUCACUCAGAGCAAGGCGGUUUUAAAGCCUCGGAUGAUGACGCCUCUGGUAGAGCAACAAUUCACAGUACUGAGAAUGGUGGUGCUGGCAGCAGCAAUGGAGAUGUAUUGAUGCAGGAAGUCACAGCAGCAGGCUCUGGGGCUGUAUACAGUAGCGGUGGUGCGGAUCAUUCUAUAGCGGAGCACUCUAUGGUGGAACAGCCUAGUGAGGAGGAGCAGCCUAGUUCGGACCAGCCUAGUCUGGACAAGUCUAGUUUCGACCUUCCUCUGCCUGACCGCUCGGCAGAUCGGUUGCUUUUAGAGGCUCAAGUCAUACACCCCACUGCAGCUGCUGCUGCCGGGGACCUCGCCACCCCGUUCUCUUUAUCGACAGGACAGCAUGCUUCAGUUUUGAGAAUUAUGGCUGUUCCGUCCCCUUUAUGGAGCUUUUGA